AGUUUCUCCCACAGAAAAGCAGAACCAGAAGCGCAGCCGGCCCCUUCGCAGCCGAAGCUUUAGGAUGGGAGCGAGGAGCCGGCUGCGCCGGGAGGAAGGGGAAGACAGCGGGGCUAGCGCCGGGUCCGCCAACAACAAGCGGCGAGCCAAACCACGCUACAGGAAGCUGUAGCCUCCGGUGAUAAAUAGGAGACCCGGGAGCACAGGAUGUGUGCAGGGUGAGCUCGGCAGGACGAGGGGAUGUGAGCCGGCGGCUGACGAGUCCCUCCAUCUGUCCGUCCAACAGGCGGGAUGGCCAUCGCCCGGCCGCUGGUGCUGCUGCUGCUGCUGCUGCUGGUGCGGGGGUCUGGCGGGAAGGACGCCGAGGUGAUCUGCGCCGGCACCGCCUGCUACACCUUGCACCGGGCCGAGCUGGGCUGGAACAGCGCCCAGGAGCGAUGCCGGGACAACGGCGGCAACCUGGCUCCGGCACGCAGCGCCGCCGAGGCCGAGCGGCUGCAGGAGCUGAUGGCGGCGGGCGGCUGGCUGGGCCCGGCCUGGAUCGGGCUGUCGCUGCCGCGGGGCCGGUGCGUCCAGCCGCAGGAGCCGCUGCAGGGUUUCGUCUGGGCGGCCGGCGGGGAGGCCGGCAGCUACUCAGCCUGGCUGUCGGAACCCACCUCCACCUGCCUCAGCUCCCGCUGCGUCAGCCUGCAGCUGGCCGGCCCCUCCGGCCCCGCCGGGUGGACCGACCGCUCCUGCCGGAACGUGCUGCCUGCCUUCCUCUGCAAGUUCAGCUUUCAGGGGAUGUGCGGACCCCUGCCGCUGGCCGGGCCCGCCCGGGUCAGCUACACCACCCCUUUCUGGGUGCGCACCCCCCACAUGGCGGCCGCCCCCUUCGGCACGCUGGCGGAGGCCGACUGCGAGGGGGGUGAGGGCCCGGCCUUCGCCAUCUGCAAGGGGCCGCUGGAGGGGGGCGGCUUCGCCUGGGACCCCCCCGUACCCCUCUGCCCCGCCACCUGCGCCCAGUGCCAGCACCGCUGCCUGGAGGAGCCGGGCGAGCCCCCGCGCUGCGUCUGCCAUCCCGGCUACCUCCUGGCUCCUGACAUGGCCUCCUGCCUGCCCAAGGACCCCUGCGACCCCAACCCCUGCCAGGGCACCUGCCGGACCCGGCCCGGCGGCUUCGAGUGCGGCUGCGAGGCCGGCUACACCCUGGCGCCCGACGGCCGCCGCUGCCUGGACGUGGACGAGUGCCUGGCCGGGCCCUGCCACCACGAGUGCCGCAACACGGCCGGCAGCUUCGUCUGCCUCUGCCGGCCCGGCUACCGGCUGACGGAGCCAGGUGGCCACCACUGCCACGACGAGGAUGAGUGUGCCCAGCCCGGCGUCUGCCCACAGCUCUGCCUCAACGUCCCCGGCUCCUUCCACUGCGCCUGCCGGCCCGGCUACCAGCGCCAGCCCGGCGGUGGCAAUGCCUGCCUGGAUGUGGACGAAUGCCUGCGGGAACUCUGCCCCGGGCGCUGCCUCAACCUGCCUGGCAGCUUCAAGUGCCUCUGCCCACCCGGUUACCUCCUGGAGGAGGAUGGACGUGGCUGCCGUGCAGCACCCACCGCCGGAGAGGAGCCCACAGGGGCCCCCAACAGCACCCUGCGGACCACGGGCAUCCCGCAGACCAUGGGCCUCCCACGGACCACGGGCAUCCCACGGACCACGGGCAUCCUCCAGACCACGGGUGCCCCACGGACCACGAGCAUCCUCCAAACCCUGGGCGUCCCCGUCGGGGCGACACCGCCAGCCCCCACGGCAGUAGGGUCGGCGCCCGGCCCCGAGCACAGCACCGACGGCCCCAGGCUGCUCCUCUACUACAUCUUAGGCAGCCUGGUAGCCAUCCUGCUGCUGCUGGCCUUUGCCCUGGCCCUGCUGGCCUGCAGGAAAAGGGCGGCCAAGCGGGAGAAGCAGCCGGCCAAAAGCGCGGCGGACAACUACUGCUGGGUGCCCGAGCAGCCGGAGAGCCACAGGGCGGGCGGCGAGCGCAGUGUCUGGGAGAAGCAGUGAACACGGCAGCGGCGGCGUUCUUGGAAGUCCCGCAGAAAAUUCAUACCCUGUCUGCGUUAUGACAAGCCAAGCAUUUUGAAUACAUGAAUAAAUUAAGCAAACGAAUAAUCCUACCGAGAUCAGCGGGACAACCUACAGACAUAAAAUUAUGCCUGCGCCGUCGGGCUGUGCUGACUCAGGGUCUGUACGGGGAAAAGGCAGCCACGGCCACGCGCCUCGCAUUGCAGGGACUCCUUGGCUCGCUUUAUCGAAAGCUGGGGCAUUUUCCAGACAGUAACAGUCUCUGGAGUGUUUCUGCCUCAUUUUUCAGUUAAGGUAUCAGUUAAGUGUUGUAUAUAAUGCUUGUUCCACUAUGAAAAAGGGAAAAGGAAGCGUAAGUGUGGGCUCAGAGCUGGUACACAUCUGAGAAGUGUUAUUUAUUCCACAAAUUCCUCAGUAAAACCUAUAAUCCGGAUUUCUGUUACAACUCUCAUAUAUUGCUGUACUGUAGCACCAAUGGAGUAUGGUAGCGGGUCCAGCCUAGGGAAGGCGUAGUUUGUGCCUAGGUUUAGUUUGGGUUCUCUCUGGUGGAACAUUUCCUGAUGUAGCAUCUUUCACCCUGGCUCAAUGACACCUGAACAACCUCGUGUCUCCCUUUCUUCUUGCCACAAACCCAGCAGGAACAUUUUGAUCUGUGUCCUCGUUCGGAAGUUAUCCAGGGCCCAGUGAAUCCUGGGGGCUAAAGCAAAUAGGAAAGGGGCCAGGCAGUUUGGUACCCCGUCUUACAGUCGGAAGAGACGGGAUAUUCAUCGCGGCCCGAGGGGGUUUUACUGCGGUGCCCAAGGCAGCUACCUCUGCUCCCCGUCCCUUCCACUUGAAUCACGCGCCAUUACAAGCAAGACCUAUAACUGUCCUGCUGUUGCCGUGGCAGGACGGGCUGGCCAACAUGUCUGAAAUGCUUUGUACAUAUCACCUGGUUUGUAAGGGAGUAAGCGUUCUGUUUUUACUGUUCCAAAUCAAGACACGCCUGAGCCUUUGUGGAAACGGCACGUCAGGACUGACUUUUGCUUUGGCAUCUGCACGGCAACGGCACAGCACCACAGCCUUGCAGUUGCCUUUGGCGAAAAGAGUAAGGUUAUCCCACAUGUUGAAUAACACUGUAUAUUGCUUUUCUGAUGAAACACCAAUAAAGUAUAAGCAGAACGUGGGUUUAUUGGGUUUUAAUAAAUAUAUAUGAUAUCAAAACCUA